CAAACGUUGGCGAUAUUAUUUUUUGCCGACGAGAGUGCAAUAAAGUGGGCGGAAGUUUAUCGCCGACUGAAAAGUUGAAUGUCGUACGAAAUCCUACGUUCGUCAAAACAGUAAUUGUUUACGAUUGCAGACACCUCUUUUGGUAAGACAAACACAAAGCUGUAAUCAUAGGAGCUGAUAACACUCCUCAGAGAUAUGGCUGUUUAGAAUCAACUAGUUUGACCUCAUACCAGAAGUAAUGUUAUGACUUCACCUCCUAAUGUAGCCAUCAACCUCUAGAAGGAAUAAAUCUCAUGCAAGAUGGAGCAAUCUUUCGUCAAUGCAAAAUACGAGUAUGAAUACUUGUCUGGAAAUGGCCAGCCAGCCAAAAUGUACCCUGGUGAUGUCUUCACGCUGCUGCGCAAGUCGAACACUGAUUGGUGGUAUGUCAAAAGAGAAGGGGAAGAAAAACCAGUCUAUCUCCCAGCUACGUAUCUGGAAAUACAGCCUGAUAAUGCACUGUUGGGGCGACCAGGGGCUAAGCAACCCCUUGAGCGUUCAGUGAAUUUGAUUCCUCGUACUAAAUUUGUCGAACCGUCUCAAGAAACUUUCCCGAGUGGCAAUCCUACAGCUUCCCCGACCAGAAAUAAUAACCUCGUUAGUGAGAUGGCUAAUCGGUUCCAACAUCGGGUGACAAUACCGGCACCCGAUUAUGAGGAGGGACAGGAGAAGACGACGUCUUACCAGCAUCAAAAACGUCCUUCGCAGUUGAAUGUCAAGGACAGUAAUGGUAGACAGGGUGGCUCUGGGGUUACCACACCCAUAGGAGGCACAGCGUCGCCCAUGACGGACAGUGAACCUUCAUCACACUCUGAGCCUUCCAGUAUCACUUCGCCCGACUUUUACUCGCCACCCUCUCAUGACUUUCAUCAACACUCACACUAUGCAAACCUCAACCCGAUAUCACCAGUACCCACCACCCAGGAUGAAUGGGAGACGCACACAGACAAGAGGGGGAGGAAGUAUUACUAUAAGCCUAGUACCAAUGAAACAUCUUGGGACCCUCCUCCCAAGAGGAGAUCGCCAAGUGUCAGCCCCAAGACACCCAAGAAGAAUGCAGGUACUGAAACGUCAAAACAGGGUUUACCUCCAGGAUGGCGGGAGGAGAGGACGGCCAAUGGCAAUGGUGUCUUCAUCAACUCACAAUUCAAAGAGAAGUGGUAUAAAUCGCAGAAUGAUCAAGGCAAGACCUAUUACUACAGCGGUGAUCGUGAAGAAACGGGUUGGAAUCUACCCACUGAUCCUCCUUCUGUCCGCCGGCGACUAUCUGAGGCAGAAAGCAGUGAAAGCAGUGAGGUGCGCAGGAGAAGAACGCUGAAAGCCGCCGAGCGAUCCUCCAAAACACAGUCCGUCUUCCUUCCAUCCGAAAGUCGUUUUUUGAUGAAUAUCCGUAGACACUCUGAGAUCGAUGCAGGUGAUGUACACCCUGAGACGGCCAGUAGCGAGAGAGAAGGUGUCUUGCAAUAUGUACGCAUCGGAGAGACGUCGCGGAAGGUCAAAUGGUUGACUGCUUUCGCUGUGAUGAACGGCUCAGCGUUGGCAUUCUACAAAGAUCAAAAACUGCGAGCUGGGACAGCAGAUAUGAGGAUAGAUCUAUGGGGAGCAGAAGUAACCUUCAACAAUGAGAAACAAUCAAAACACUCUAAAAGGAAUUAUAUUGAGUUACAUGCUGAUAAACACUACUGGCUGCAGGGUGAUUCUGAUGAAGAAACUCAACUAUGGUACACAGUACUACACAAUGCAGUACGCUCAAUGCCUGCUGCGGCCCAGCAUCCAAUGAGGAGACAGAACAGUUUAGAUGGCGCCUACAGUCCUUCAAACAAUGGUCCUAGUCUACGCCCUACAUCACCAAGACCACCAAAGCAGGAGAAUCUUAUUGAGAUUGCAAGAUCCAAAACAGACAAGAAGAAGAUCAAGAAUAAACUAAAGAGUUUUAUCAUCAGGAGACCACCGAUAGAAUCUUUACAGAAACAGGGCAUUAUGAAAGAGGAGAAUGUGUUUGGUCGACAUAUCCAAGCCCUAUGCAAGCAGCAGGGUACUCAAGUACCUCGCUUUGUUUCUGAUUGUAUAGCAUUGAUUGAUAGCUGCGGCCUGGAGGUGGAUGGAAUCUAUAGAGUCAGCGGGAACCUGUCACUCAUUCAGAAGCUACGUUUCAUGGUGGAUCAGGAGAAAAAGGUUGAUUUCAACUCGUCACCAUGGAAGGAAGACAUUCACGUUAUAGCAGGUGCUCUCAAGCUGUACUUUAGAGAACUACCAGAACCACUGCUUACAUUUGAUGGUUAUGAUAAAUACAUAAUGGCAAUGAAAAUACCCGAUCACAAGUCCAAACUACGAGCUUUCCAGGAGGUGACUUCAUCUUUACCCCGGAUUCAUGUGGAGACGAUGAAAGUCUUGUUUAGACAUCUCGACAGGGUCGUCCAGAACAAGGAUAAAAAUCGGAUGCUUGCUCAGAAUUUGGCCAUCGUGUUUGGACCCACUCUAAUGUGGCCGAGGAAAGAGAGCUUUAAUGUGGCGUUGUCGAUGGUCUACCAGAACCAGUGCAUUGAAUUCAUCAUAAAUGAACAUAUGCAACUGUUCAGAUAAUCAAAAGCUGUGGACUAAAAGCCGUCCCUCGUAUGGAACCCAGAGUUGUAAGAGGCUAUUUGUAAUUGUUGCAUCAAAAGAACCUGACUAUUUUUGUAGCCAGUAUCAUUGAGGUAAGGUGGUUUCUAAAUUUGCGGCUUCAGCUGAGGCUGUUGCUAAGGGUGUUGCUAAGGGCAGCCUACAUGCUUCAAUACAGGCUCAAGCGACAAUCAAGCCGCAGUCACUAAUUUGGAGACGGCGAUGAAGGAGAAUAAUGUGAUGUCCAGCAUAUAUGGAAGGUGGUCCUUUAGUUUUUGGGUUUGAUAAGAAUAACUUGUAAACUUUGUUAUCCAUUGGAUCUAAAGGAUUUAUAUUGAGUGUAAAAAUUUCAUUAUUUUUUAUUAUUGGAACCAUCUUUUGAAGACUAGUUGUUUUUUGCUGGAAGGG